GCGUCACAUAUUGUUGCCUUUCCAUCUCCCCAUUUCCACAACCACUCCCUUUCUACCUGCCCCUCCUACCAUAAGGGAAAAAGGAAAGUAAAAAAAGAAAAGAAAGGAAAAGAAAAGAAGGAAGGAAAAAAACAAAGCAAAUUUCUGGGGCUACCCCAUCUCUUUGCGUAUUCCGUGGGUGAACAUGGUUUUCAAUGAACGUGGGGGAGUCAGCGUGAGUGCCGCUGGUGAGCAUUUGUUGCAUUCGAAUUCGCGCCAGGUUGGUUUUGCUGCUUCGGCCGCCAGUUCCACAGCUUCUCCGCAUUCUCGCCGACAACAGUCGAUAACCUCUCCACAAAACAACUCGGAUUCCACAUCAAAAGCGGGUUCGUCUCAGGAAAAGUCCGCCGACAAUACAGCAGUCAAUCUGGACCUUUAUACAGCGCAGUCUCUUGCUCGGAAGGAGCUUCUUACCGGCUCCUUCGAGCGCCUCGGCGGUGUCCACAAGAUACCCGAAGAGUCUCCGGAGGAUAUGCAAAAAAAGGAUCCCCUGGCAACUCAAGUAUGGAAAUUGUAUAGCAAGCAAAAGAACGUGCUCCCAAACGCGGAGCGUAUGGAAAAUUUGACCUGGAGAAUGAUGGCAAUGACAUUGCGAAAGGAACAGAUGCAAGCCCGGUAAGUUUUUGGCCGUCACGGAUUAUGUUUCACUGCAUUGCAUCAUUGAAUUCAAGUCUGAUGUGGUCAAAGCAGGGCGGCGAAAGACGCAUCAUACGGCAAAAUGGGGGGAAUAUCUGCCGCAGCUCGGCCAACAACAAAUAGCAAACCUCCUUCAUCCGCCAGUGCACAGCACAGCACCCUAUCAGAGUCCGACUCCAUGUUUAUGGAGGAUCUGACCUUUACCUCGCCUUCAUCUAUGGUUGGCUCCCCCGGAGGAGUAUCGAGUUGUGGCAUCGCACAUUCUCCAGGCAGUGACAACCUUCUCACUUCCUCUCAUGCUACAGCUUCUGCGAUCCCAAUAAAAGGAAGCCGUGAGAAGGAACUGAUGAUUAACGCCCACCUGCCACCAGCCUCGGCUCCCCAACGUCGCUUUGAUACUAACCGUGGAGAAUUUGACUAUGUUCAACGUAGGGUACGAAAAACCAGUGUGGAUGAACGUCGGGUAAGGGGGUUACCCUUUAAGAGUAUAUAAGGACACUGACUGACUGAACUUUUCUUCCCUCCCGUAGCCACCAAAGCGGCCCGCUGACUUCUCCCCACAUGUUCCUCCUGUCACCGGUAUAAUGAUCCCCAACGAUCCUGACCCGGAUACUGAGCUUGGGGAUUAUCGCCUGGACCAUGACGGCAACUCGUUCUCCCUUUCCCAAUCUCAGUCUCAUCCAUUCUCGCUCGACACCUCUGUCGAUUCCAAUGAGUACCUCACCUCUGCCGGGCCCUAUCAGAACAACUUUACCUUCUCUCCGGUGCACUCGCCACUUCUCACAAACGGCCCCUUCUCGACGAGUGUGUACAAUAGUACAGCGAUUGCAUCCUCUGUAACCUCGAAUGAUUUUUAUUCACCACCAGCUUCAGCCAAUCAUUCAGUUGUAUCCACCCCUCACCCCCUCACCGAAAGCCAUGGCAGCAAUUUCUUCGACCAAAUUAACCUGGAAAACCGGGCGCAAGGCCGGCCCAUACCUGGCUUCGGACAAAGCUCUCGUAGUAGCACUUUACCCAGCAGCCUUGCUUCCAGUGACUACUAUUAUCACGAUCCAGUUCUUAGUACCAACCCUUCGGCUCCACACUCAGGAUUCCCGUCACCUAGAGGGUAUGGUGGAUUUCAGCAUGUGAACCCAUCGCAAGUUUUGAGGGCGGAUUUCAGCCUCGCGAAGUCUCCCGGAUCCGCUGGGGCCAGAAAUGAAAAUAUCUUUUCUUUUGGAGCUGAUUCAGACUACGAGGACGAGGGUAAUGAAUUCGACCGGAUGCAAAUUCAGACAGAUUUAGGUUCCAUGGACGAUCACUCCAUGGAUAUGCACUCGGGUGUGCAGCUGUUCGGGGGAGAGUGGGGGCGAAGCGGCGCGCCAGGACAAAAUCCUCAGUAUGCCAAUGGGCGAUUCCCCGGGGGACAGAAGACCGUAAGGAUUGGAGGAACCGAGACUGCCCCUUCCCCCCAGGAGUGGAGCAUUAGCAGUGGGAAUCAUAGCCGGUCGCAUUCAAUCACUGCUUCGGUGAGCGACAUGCGGAACCGGGUGCAGGAUCCGAACGGAGCCCGAAGACAGAAGAUUGCUCGCACGAGUUCGACACCGAACGCCCCUCAAUUAGCAUUAUCAUCCAUGGGCCAAAGAGCCCAGUCAAGCCCGAAUACACCACCGGAAUCCGGGUUUAGUUCCACGGAACCGUCCCGACCCGCCACGCCGGAUGGCCAAAAAAAUGGAGCCGCAGGCGGUGCAAAUGCUUUGCCGACUACUUGCACAAAUUGCUUCACUCAGACUACGCCCUUGUGGAGGAGGAAUCCUGAAGGACACCCACUUUGUAAUGCGUGUGGGCUAUUCCUCAAGUUACACGGUGUUGUACGCCCGCUAUCCUUGAAGACGGAUGUUAUUAAAAAGCGCAAUCGCGGCAGUGGCAGCUCAUUACCUGUAGGGGGAAGUGCAUCAACCCGGUCUUCGAAAAAGACUGGACGAAAAAAUUCUCUAGUACAGACCCCAGUGACAACACCCAUUUCAACUCAAUCCAAGAGCCUUGCCGGGUCCGAAUCACCUCCAUCUGGGUUAUCCAAUGGCUCCAAUGUUAGCACUCCGACAAAUAUUCAAACGAUGGGCACCUCUGGGCAAGGCAGUAAGUCAAGCGUUAUACCGAUCGCAGCAGCGCCGCCUAAGAACAGUUUACAGAGUACAUCCUCACGGCCACUUGUUGCGGCGCCCAAGCGACAACGAAGGGAUUCUAAGGUUCACAACCAGUUUCAAGGUAAUGAAGAUGGUGAUGCAAUGGAUGAAUCACCUAAUGGAAGCAAAAAGAGAGACAAGUUGAUACCGCCGAGCCUGCAGUCCGCGUCCUCAAUUCUCCAGAACACCACCCAUCAUACCCCAAUAGCUCCUGCGGUCACUACCCCAACCACCAGUGGCUCAGGCACCCAUGAAUGGGAAUGGCUCACAAUGUCCCUUUAAUCUGGCGGUUUUAAUGACUGGUUUAUUUCUUAUAUCUUGUGCACGGGUGUUUUUCCAAUUUCCUUUGUGCGGCGUAGAGGACGCUUUUAGGUGGAGAGAUUUUUUUUCUUUCGGUUGGGUUUUCACUCCCUGAGUAAGCGAAUAACGGGGCUGGAUUCCGAUUUACUUUUGUACCACUGUAGUUAAUUGUGCUUGUUUGGAGUAGUUGGCUGGCUGGGGAUGUGUGUGUGUGUGCGUGUGUGUGUGGUCUUUCACGGGGGUUUUGAGUGUAUAUUUGUUUUCUUCCUCGUUACUUGGCCUUACUGGGUUGCUCCUCUUGAUUGGCUCAUCUGGAUUGUUCUCUCUUGGCAAUGGUGGUGGUUUCUAUAUAUUUCAUGAAGGCUCUAUUCCUUUGAUGUCUUUUUGUCUCAUCUGUUCUCCCCUUAAAUAGAACGGUGGUAUUUUGGGGGGAUUUUUCUCGGGAGGGAAGGAGAUGCGCUGUUUCCCGUCCUCUUCUCGCAUAUAGGUUAACUUGUACUCGCUACUUGUAGUAUUGCUCGAGGGAAUGCCAUGAUUUUAUGAAUA